CUAAAGGCAUACCAAUAGGCCACACUGAAAGCGGCGUUACUAAGCAAUAGCGAAACUUAGCGCGUGCGGUACGGUGCGGUGAGUAAACGACGGCGGAGCAGGUGGCGACGCAGACUACUCCGGCGGAGCAAUGGUCGGAGUUCUCUCUCAUAAGAUCCAAAAAGAUGAACUGAAGCCGGGGGAUCACGUUUACUCGUGGAGGCACAACUAUCUCUACGCUCAUCACGGGAUAUAUGUUGGUGAUGGAAAGGUUAUUCAUUUCACACGGGCUGCAGGUCAUGAGAUUGGAACAGGAACUUUCUUAGACAGCUUUGUUUUCAGCUCUUCACCUGUCAAGCCCCUAGACCCCCCAUGCCCAAGAUGUGGUGAUCAAUCAGUGACUGAAGGUGUAAUCAUAUCCUGCCUUGAAUGUUUUCUUUAUGGUGGUGAACUCUAUAUUUUUCAGUACGGUGUUUCUCCAGCUUUUUUUCUUGCCAAAGUUCGAGGAGGAACAUGCACACUUGCCUGCUCUGAUCCAGUGGAGCAUGUACUUCAUCGAGCUGAAUAUCUGCUUCAGAAUGGUUUUGGAGUUUACAACCUAUUUAAGAACUGUGAGGAUUUUGCAAUCUAUUGCAAGACUGGUUUGCUUGUCUAUACAGAUCUCAGUGUAGGCCGGAGUGGACAGGCAGCUUCGGUUUUCGCCGCUGUCAGUGUAAUCGCCUCAUCACCGCUUCGCUUCUUGACUACCGGCAUUGGUGGUCUGUCAGCCGUAGGAUGCGGCGUUUAUUGUGUCAGCCGGAUUGUUUCUGAUAUUGGAGUGCGUCGGGAUGUCACAAAGACACCCGUGGAAAAGCUUGUUGCCCGUUUUAGCCCUGGCCUGCCUAAGUCUAGAGAUGGAACAUCUGAUAGCCAAGUGCGUGAUGAUUUUCCAAAGACACCAGCCGAGAGUCCAAUUGGCCACUCUAGCCCGCCUGAGCCUGAGCCUAAGCCUGAAACUGCAACAUCUAACGGUGUAGUAUGUGACAACAUCACAAAGAUCCCCGCGGAGAGUAUUGCCACAGGCUCUAGCGUUUCCGAGUUCGAAGUUGCAAGAUCUGAUAGCGGAGCCUGCUGUGAUCUCACCGUCGAGAGGCUUGUCAAUCGCUCUAGCCUGCCUGAGUCCAAAGCUGGAACUGAUGUUGCAAAGGAGUCAUAAUUCUUGUUGCAUGUGUUAUUGUAUUCUGCGUGUGUAGUGCUCAUCUCCAUAGCCUGUAAGCCUGCCUGCUCUUCUUAUGGGAUGGAGUACAAUUAUAUACUCAAAAAUUUAAGACAAUCUUAGGGACAUCAUGCCCCGCGAAAAUACCUUGCCUUGUGUUUUGUAGAGGUACAAUUUUUACAGAAUACGCGGCAAACUGUUGUGAAAUGUAAUGUUAUUGUACUUUUUGGAUGUUUGUAAUUGUACAAUUUUGGAGAAGGGCCUCACAAAAAAGUUUGAAGUGAUAUUUAAGUUGAGUUAAA